AGUUGCGUGUCUGUGGGAGGGAAGAGGCUCGCCAACAUGGUGGUUUUCACAUGCAAUGCCUGUGGAGAGGCUGUGAAGAAAGCACAGGUUGAAAAGCAUGUGAACAUCUGCAGAAACUGUCAGUGCCUGUCUUGCAUGGAUUGUGGCAAGGAUUUCUGGGGUGAUGACUAUAAGGAACACGUGAAAUGUGUAAGUGAAGACCAGAAAUAUGGUGGGAAAGGCUUUGAAGCCAAAACUAACAAAGGAGAUGCUAAACAGCAGGAGUGGAUUCAGAAAAUUCAUGAAGUAAUGAAGAAGCCAAACAUAAGCCCUAAAGUGCGGAACAUCCUGGAGCAAAUGCGUGUCUUUAAUAACAUUCCAAGAAAAAAAGUAAAGUUUCAGAAUUGGAUCAAGAACAGUUUGAGAAUUAAUGACAGCAAUUUGCAAGAUCAGGUGUGGGAUGUUUUCUCAGAAGCAACCGGAAACAUUUCAAAUGAAAAAGAACAAGACAAACCACAACAGAAGGAAGAGCAAAAGUCUGCAGAAACUGGGGAAAAUACAAAGGCAGAAGAAAAUAGAAUUACAGAGGCAAAAACUGAGAGAAAAAAGAGUAAGAGAGAACGAAAAGAAGAGAGACAAAAGAACAAAAAGAAGGAGAAAAAAGAUCUAAAAUUAGAAAACCAGGCAGAAGUAAAAAAGAGUAAAAAGUCGAAAAAAGGAAAAGAGAGUGUGGAGGAUGAAUUUGAAAUAAAUGGAAAUGGCAAUCACAGUGAAACAGAAGAGGAAACAAAUGUAAAGAAACGCAAACAUAAACAUGUAGAAGAGGAACCUCCUACCAAAACAAAGAGAAUGAAAACUGAAAGCAUUUCAGAAGACAUGGAAACAGAAAACAUCAAUGAAGAAGAUGUGGGAACAGAUAAAGGUAAAUUCAACUGGAAGGGAACCAUCAAAGCAGUUCUGAAACAGGCUCCAGACAAUGAAAUUUCAAUUAAAAAACUAAGAAAAAAGGUGAUAGCUCAAUAUUAUGCAGUAGCUGGUGAACAGCACAAAACAGAAGAGGAGAUCCUAGUCAUAUUCAAUAAGAAAGUGAAAAACAAUCCCAAAUUUAGAGUUUUAAAGGAGAAAGUGAAACUUGUGAAAUAAACAGUUUGCUUACUUUUCAUAGCUGUUGCAUUUUAAUCUUGCAGACGGAGUCAAACUCUUCUGUCAGCUGUACAGAUAUUAUGCAUUGGUGUCAUUAAAUAGUGUAUGUGAAAGCAGAAUCUAACUUUUAAUACUGGAUGCCUCCCCUUUUUCUAGAUUUAUCACAGAACAUUUUCAGAUAUUUUAUUUUUUGAUUUUACGGAAAAUGUAUAUUUUUUGUACAAGUUUUAAGAGGCAUUGAAAAUAAUUGCUGGUACUGUAUUAAAAUGCUUCCAGUAAUGAAUAUAAUUUAUAAGCAUAAAUGUUUUUCAGGACCUGGGUUGUGUGGCUUUUUGCAGGAACUAUUUUCAGAGCAAAUAGGAUUUUCAUAUUCAAAAAGCCACUGUGGAAUAAAUGUUUUGUUAUGCAAAUUCAGAAUGAUAUGACUGAUAUACCCACUUUAUGCACAUAGAUAGCGAAUGCAGCCUUUAAUAAACUGUUAAUUCUGUGUUGUAAAAUGAAUAAAUAAGGUGUCAUAUUUAUGUAUGCAAUACUGCACAUUCAGUGAAAAUCUAAAGACUUGAGUUACCGUUGUGUGCAUUGCUACUUUGUAUGCAUUGAUGCUUUUUAUACAUUUAAAGUGUUGAUUAGUAAUGCAACUGACUUCAAUAGAAGUGGUUACAUGGACUAAAAAUUGACUGAUGAAAUUAGUCAUAAAUAGAAAUAGAUUACUUUCAAAUACAACCUUAAAUAUAAUGCAUCUUUUCACUUUAUAAUUGUAUAAUAAAUCCACAAAUUAUACAUAAUUUGAAGAGGCUGUUGUAUUGCUGUCACCAAAACAAUUUACCUAGGCCAGAAAUGUUACAGCUAUGUAAGAGACAGAGCUGCCUGGGGAAAGUUACUUCAAGUUUUAUAGGUUUUUACUUAAAUGCAAAACUACUUCCAUGUAGGAAGUUUCCUAUUAUGACACAGUCUGUUAAAAACAGCAUUAUAAAGCAGUCAGUCAUACGGUGUUUUUAAAAAUUGCUUAGUGAUUUCAAGCAGAUACACUUCUAUAAAACUCAAUAGUAAAAUUAUCUGAAUUCAUAGAAAUAUUGAAUAUAUUAAAGAUAUAAAUAUUAAAAAAUUAACUGUGA